AUGAGCAAGCGAAGCCUGGAAGAGGGCGGGACCACGGUGGGCCAGGGGCCCAGACCGCCCAAGGCAUAUAAGAACAAUGACUUCCUGAACUCCACCGAGGCCCGGCUCAUCCGCAUCAUGUGCGAGCUGGAAGAGCCCAAGGACCGGUUACGCACCGAGGCGGUGGACAACAUCGUGAUGUUCUUCGGCUCCGCGCGGGCCAAGCCAAAGGACCAAUACGAGGCCGCCGUGAAGGAGGCAGAGGCCAAGGUGGCGGCCAAUCCGGGCGACGCGAAGCUGCAGUCGGCGCUGACGCGGCUGAAGAAGCAGGAGUUCCUGGUCGGCAUGUUCGACGUGGUGCGAGAAACAUGCAGGUUGCUGACUCUUUGGACCCAGAACCGCGCCAAGCAGGGCCUGCCCGAGUACCACGUGGGCACAGGCGGAGGGCCUGGCAUGAUGGCGGCGGCCAACGAGGGAGCCGCGCAAGCGAAGGGGAAGUCUAUAGGCUUCGGGAUCUCAGUGCCCUUCGAGGACGGCUUGAACCCCUACGUCACUGAGAGCUUGGGUUUUGAGUUCCACUACUUCUUCACGCGGAAGUUUUGGAUGGCCUUCAAGUGCAUGGGCUUGGUGGUGGCGCCCGGUGGCUUCGGCACCUGCGACGAGCUGUUUGAGCUGCUCACCCUCAUGCAGACCGGCAAGAUCAAGCGGCAGUUGCCCAUCGUGCUCAUCGGCAAGAAGUUCUGGAAGGACUGCAUCCAAUGGGAUGCGUUCGUCCAUUACGGCAUGAUCAGCGAUUGGGACUCCCAGCAGCUCCGCUUCGCGGACACCGCCGAGGACGAGCGCGGACGCUUCGGGCGGGUGGGCGGGGGUGUGGAUCGUCGUGGAGAGCUCGGCUCACGGAUCGUCGUGAGCCGGAAAAAGCUGGGCCAGCGGCGCCGCAGGGUGCCCUCGCUGGAGCUGUUGAGGAGAGAUGGGCUGCAGGCGGAUCUGCUCCUUUUGACGCAGAUCGCCGGUGGCCGCGCCGAUCGCCGGUGGCUGCGCAAGCUCCACGUGCUCGAAGAGGCCCGGCAACGAGAGGUUCUUCCCGAUGUGCAGCUGGUCAAUGUGGUCAUGGCGCAGGCCAUCUGGCACCUGGCCCUGCCCCUCUUACGCCACCUCGAGAUUGCGACCCCGCGCGCGCUCCGCCCGAGCGCGGUGUCGCUGGGCACGGCAGCGGCCCGCUGUGAUCGCGCCAGCAAGUGGAGGCAUUCCUUGCGGCUUUGGAGCCAUGCUGCUGAGACCACGCUGCCACGCAGCCAGACCACGGCCAACAGCGUCCUCAGCGCGCUGGCGCGAGGAGCUCACUGGACCCGCUCGCUGGUUCUCCUGACGUCGUCUUCCGCGGAUGCCAUGCGCACGGACCUCAUCACCAUGGGCUCUCUCCUCUCCAGUCGAAUUUGGCGUUUCAGUACCGCCUCGCUGGACUGGAUGGGGCUCCGAGGCCUUAGACCACAUUUGGGCAUUUACCAAGCCAUCCUCAGGGACAAGGUCAACAGAUGGCCCGACCGAUGGCAUGGUGCUCUCACAGUGCUUGCCACGGCCAGAAGCUCUGCACUGCAGCUGGACGAGGUCCUGGUCAGCACCGCGCUGCGCGCGCGGCGCCACGCGGUGGACGUGCCGCUGACGCUGCGGCGGCGGGGCCUCCGGUGCGAUGCGGUGGCCGUGGGCAGCGCGGUGCGGGGCUUUGCAGAAGCCAGGCGUUGGAGGUGUGCCUUGCACUGGGCAGAUCGCGCGGACCUGAAGGAUGUGACGGCUGUGGUGGGCAGUGGUGUCACCUGGACGCAGGCCCUCGCCAUCCGGACGAGAUCUGCUGAACGAGCAUGUGACGCCCUGUUGGACGAAAGGGUGGCCCGUGCCUGCGCCGCAGCUGACGCUUGGCACCACGCUUGGCGCCUGCGGAACGCUCUCCUGGCGCCCUGGACCUUGGCGCUCGUGGCGCUCGCCUCGUCGCGCGUGGAGCCGGUGGCGUUGCUCUGCGCCAGGUCUUGGCAGUGGCGGACCUCGCUGGCACUGGGUGGUGUGGCCGGGGCAACGCCAGGGCAGUGGCAACGGAUCGUGCAGGACUUGCCAUCUGCAGGUGCCCUAGCCUCGCUGGCCACGGCGCGUCGCUGGCGAGAGGCCUUUCAAGUCUUCAAGCGCCAAAGGAACUCGCCCAGCCGGACCGCAGGUCGUGCGAACUGGGAGCUGGAAGUCUUGGUCUGGAACGCCGGCAUCGUGGGGAACAAGUACUGGGAGAGCUCCCUGCUGAUUCUCAGAGACAUGGAGGUGGCACUGGUGCGAAAGGACCUCGUCAGCAUGAGCUCGUCGCGCUCGGCCGACGGAUCCUGGGCACGGGCGGCCCAACGCUUCGAGGCGGCGCGCGCUGGAGGCCUGCGGCUUCACCCGUUCUCUCUGACGCACCUGGCGCAGUCUGCCCAGUCGCGCAGCGCAGCUUCCUGGGCCAUGGUCCUGUCGGUGGUGGACCUCGCCAGUUCCUUGGGUGUGUCUCAGGACGAUGCCGCCAGCAACGCCGCCAUCUCCGCCUGCGAGGCCACCAGCGCCUGGGCAACUGCAGCUGUCAAGUGCUGUGAGAUGACACGCAGGCGCUUAGCGACGGUCAUCACCUUCAACUCCUGCAUCGCUGUGGCAUCUUUGGCGGCUUGGGGCACGUGGCGGUUCUGCCUGGCGCUGCUUCUUCGCCGAGGACGACUUGGCGUCGCACCGGUGGACGCUUCAGAUGCAGGCCUGGGAGGUACCUUCGCCUGCCUCGUGCGUACGAGCCGCUGGCAGCGAGCCGUGGCGGCUGCCGAGCUGAAUCCUCUCCAGUUGGAUCCCAUACAGUGCCAGGAUCUCCUUCGCCUCGCGCCGCAGCUGCUGCCGGGCCGAAUCCUGACCGCUCUGCGGCACCACGUCCUGGCGAGCCGACCGUCUUGA